GGACUAGACGUGCUCAGCGGACAUACCAUUGACAGACCAGCGACAUCAUUUUGCCAGAGCAUUUUCAGAUUAACAUUGGCUUCUCUCAGCUCACACUCCGCAUCGAGAGAUAAGUUCAAUAUGUCGCAAUCCCACGCACUGACGGAUGACCAGGUUGGACAGGAGCUCAAGAAGAUGACUGCCUUCAUCAAGCAGGAAGCCCUCGAAAAAGGUCGCGAGAUCGAGAUCAAGGCCGAUGAAGAAUUCGCCAUUGAGAAAUCCAAACUAGUGCGUCAAGAAAUCCAAGCCAUUGACACGAAUUACGAAAAGAAAUUCAAGACAGCUCAGAUGUCUCAGCGGAUCACUCGCUCCACCGUUGCCAAUAAAGCGCGGUUGAAGGUGUUAUCUGCGAGACAGGAGCUGCUUGACGGUAUCUUUGAAACCACUGCCAGAAGGCUCGGCGAAAUAGCCGAAGAUCAGUCCAGGUACAAGGGUGUGUUGAAGAAUCUCAUGUUACAAGGCAUGUAUGCGCUCAAUGAGAAUAAGGUAAAGGUGAGAGCUCGAGAGACUGACUACGACCUGGUGAGGAGUGCUGCCGAGGCGGCCGCGGCGGAGUACAAGGAAAAGCUUGGCAAAUAUGUUGACGUGAGCAUCGAUACUGCGAAGCCUCUACCUGAGGAAGGGGCUGGCGGUAUUUCAAUUACUGGCAGUGGCGGGAAGAUUGAGAUCAACAACACCUUUGAAGAGCGGCUUCGUCUCCUUCGAGACAGUGCAUUACCAUCAAUUCGCCAAACCCUAUUCGGCAAGAACGAAAAUAGAAAAUUUUAUGAUUGA